UGUUUGUGUUCUUUUUGUGUUUAUGUCUAAAGAUAAAGGCAAUAAAAUAUAAAUUUAGUUAUAAGUCGAAUGAAAGUUGAUAUGUGAUUGAGCUUAAAUUUCUGUAAGUUAUCCAUCAUUUGACAAUGAUGUCGGCAUUACAAACGAUUUCAAAAAAGUCGACGUAAUAGGGAAAAGAUGACGUCAAGGCAAGACAUUCUGCUGGUGGUGGCGAUUGAUUUCGGAACAACGUAUUCCGGAUUUGCUAUACAAUUCCGCCACGAGUUCGAUCCAAAGGACCCAACUAAAAUCAGAGCUCCCCAAGCGUGGAAUGGAGGGAAACAGAACCUGAUGUCUUACAAGACACCAACAUGCCUUUUACUGAAGGAGGAUAAAACAAUUGAAAGCUUUGGGUUUGAAGCCGAGGAGAAAUAUGCAGAUCUAUGCAUGAAUAAAGAAAACAAGAAGUUCUACUAUUACAGGCAAUUCAAGAUGAAACUGCAAGAAGGACAGGGGUUGAAAAAAGGAUCAUUGUUGGAGGAUGAGACCCAGAAAACGAUGCCAGCAUUAGAGGUGUUUGCACUUUCUAUACAAUGUCUGAAAGACUGCCUGAUGAAGCUUGUUGAAUCGCAAGGAACAGGGGUCGGAAUGGAUGAUAUUUUAUGGGUAUUGACAGUUCCUGCUAUUUGGGAUGACAAUGCAAAGGCGUUCAUGAAGGAAGCGGCAAAAUUGGCGGGUAUCUCAGAGAAUCGUCUCAGCAUUGCCCUUGAACCGGAAGUGGCUUCUUUAUUUUGUCAGCACUUACCCGUUGAAAAGUUUUCGGAGGGAGGAAAGGCUGGGUUUGCCAAUGCAAAACCAGGGACAACAUACAUGGUUGCAGAUCUCGGAGGAGGAACGGCAGACAUUACUGUUCACGAACGUCUUUCUGGAAAUCGGAUAAAAGAGGUUUACAAAGCUAGCGGCGGACCGUGGGGUGGAACGGCUGUUGACCAUGCGUUCACUCAGUUAAUAGUCAGUAUAGUGGGAGGUCCCGUCUGGGGAAGAUUUAAAAGAGAGCAGACAUACGACCACUUAGAGCUGUUGAAAGAUUUUGAAUGCAUUAAAAGGACCCUUGGCACAAAGACUGGCGAAUGGUAUAACAUAAAGAUUCCGGCAACUCUAAAUGAAGUUUGUAAAGAGGUCCAUGACCAAUCAUUUCAAGAGAUGACCCAAGAGUCACCGAUAGCAGAUCAAAUCGCCUUUGUUAGUGAUAAAAUGAGAAUGAAGGUAGGUCUGGUUGAAAAACUAUUUAAGAAAGUCAUUGACAAUAUCGUUGAGCACAUGAAGAGAAUCAUUACAACGACUGAUGCCGGAAGAAAGAUCUCCCUUAUUUUGAUGGUAGGUGGAUUUUCAGAGUCGCCAUUUGUACAACAAGUAAUGAAAGCAGAGUUUACAGACAAGUCAAAGGUGAAGGUUCUGAUUCCACAACAAGCGGGUAUUGCUGUAUUGAAUGGUGCUGUUUUGUAUGGUCGCAUGCCGGAAGUUGUAACAACCAGGGUUGUAAGAUAUACUUAUGGUGUCAGGGUAAGAAGAAAAUUUCAACCUGGAAAAGAUCCAGAAAGUAAGAAGAAACAAAAUAAGCCCGAGUAUUGUUAUGAUGCAUUCAAGCCUUUUAUGAAGGAAGGUACGUCAGUUGAAAGGGGUCACAAAGUUAUUCAGUCAUACUCAACAAGCCGUCCAUUUCAGGAAGAUAUGGAUGUGUACGUUUACACAGCAGCAGGAUUUGUACCAGAGUUUGUGACGGAUAAUGGUUGUCAUCUGUUAGGAAUUUUAAAGGUGAAGGUACCAGAUCCAUCGGAAAAAGAGAGAAAUCUUGUUGUCCUCUUCCGAUUUGGAAGUACAACCCUUGCUAUGCUUGCUAUAGAAGAAGACAGCAAAAAGGUAUGCGCUACGGUGUUUGGACUUCCAGAGUAAAUCGUGAAAAUAAUUCAUUCCAGUUUUGUUUAGCUAUAUUCAGCAAAAUAAUAUUUACAGUCCUUUUAACAUUUGUUUGGAAUCGUUUUGGCUUGGAUCAGUCUUAUAAAGUUAUUUCAAAACAAACAGUUAUUUAUUAAUUUUAUACUACAUAAGCUCACUUUAGAAUAUUUUUGUUUUACAGAAAAUUAAUCCUUUUUAAACGUUGGUGGGAAAUAAUUUGAAUUCAGAAGAGUAAAAUCACUAUUUUUUGCACAUGCACUUAUGCAUAAAUUGGAGUUUUGAAUUACGUUAUAAAUAUUAUAGAUAUUCUAAAUAUAAUUUGUAUAAUGUUUUUCUUUUAUACCGUACACUCUGAUAUGAAGGCGAGUAAGGUACUGUUUUGUAUUCACGUAUAAAAAUCAUUAUUCACAUAUCAUGAACUAAUGGGCAAACUAAAUUAUCAAUAUUGCUACGUGUUGUGCGAUAGUAAGUUUAAAGGAAGACACAGGCAAAAUUUUCA